AUGAACAUUAGAAAUAACAUUAACAUGAAUUUUAACAAUACCAUUGAUAUCAACUUGAACAUGAAUUUUAACAAUACCAUUGAUAUCAACCUGAACACUAACUUUAACAUGAAUAUUAGAAUUAACAUGAACCUUAUUCGCAUCAACAUGAACAUGAAUAACACGUCAUUCAGAGGAAGGUCCACCAUCUGCAAGUUCACAUUCUUCGAACAUCGACACAACCACCUUAGCCCAGCAGUAAGGGAAGUCUGGAGUAAGGAACAAAAACUUCAAUCUGAUGAAAUGAAGGCUGAUGCCCCUCUUGCAGUUGGUGGUGAUGGAAGACCAGAUACGCCUGGCCAUAGUGCCAAGUAUGGGCCUUACUCACUGAUGGAUCUCGAUAACAAGAUCAUUACCAUGGAACUUGUCCAAAGCACAGAGGUCAAGUCAUCAGUUCAUAUGGAAAAAGAAGGACUAAUCGGCUGUGUUCGUAACCUCGAGGAAUAUGAUGUGUUUAUCGGGAAGAUCAUCACUGAUCGGCAUGUACAGAUCACCAAUUGGCUCAGGGAGAUGUCUGGCUUGAAGUCGCUGUAUAUUCUUCAAUGA